AUGAGCGCAAUCUUGUCUGCGGACGACCUCAACGACUUUAUCUCACCCGGGGUGGCGUGCAUCAAACCUAUUGAGACUCUGCCAACAUCUAGUCCACCUCCAUCCGACCCUAAUGCCUAUGAAGUCUCAUUUAAUACCGAACGACCCAUACCUCAAUCCGAUCUCCCUCCAGCUCAGAUAUCCCUUACGGACUGUUUAGCAUGUUCUGGCUGUGUGACCUCUGCGGAGGCUGUACUCGUUUCUCUUCAAUCGCAUGCGGAGGUGCUGUCGGUCUUGGAUGCUGCACCCGGCUUGCGACUAAGUCCUGAUGGCCUGGGAAUUGAAAAUCUUGAUACGGGGAGUAAAAUAUUCGUGGCGAGUGUAAGCCCACAAUCACGGGCAAGCAUCGCUGCUACCUAUGGGGUAACGGAGCAGCAGGCAGGGAACAUGAUUGAGCAGUUGCUGUGCGGACCACGAGGGUUGAAGAGUCGCGCAGUUUAUCGCAACGGCUUUCAGUGGGUGGUCGACAUCAAUGCGGCCCGGGAGGCGUGUUUAGUCCUCGGGGCGGAUGAACUGAUGGGCCCUAUACUCGCCGAGCAGGGAGGAACUGAUGGGACCAACCAAGUUAGCAAUGGAGAAGCAGAUAUUCAGUCGAUUAAACCUAUUCUCACCUCCUCGUGCCCUGGGUGGGUUUGCUAUGCAGAAAAGACACAUCCAUACGUACUCCCACAUUUAUCGCGACUCAAGUCACCACAGGCGUUAAUGGGAACAUUAUUGAAAACGACAAUCAGUCGAAGGCUUGGUAUCUCCCCCGAUCGAAUUUGGCACGUAGCCGUCAUGCCAUGCUUCGAUAAAAAAUUGGAAGCCAGCCGAGAGGAGCUGACAAACGAGGCAUGGGAAAACACUGCGACGGGCAGCGUACGAGAUGUCGAUUGUGUAAUAACUAGUAAGGAGUUAUUGAUGCUUGCUGAUUCUCGGCGUGUCGAUUUUUCCAAGCUACCUCGGACUCCUCUCGCCUCACGUGCACCGUUUCCAGAUGCAAAGCUACAUUCAUUCCUCUACCCACCACCACGGUGGCGUAAGAAUGGUGAUGCUGCCUCUGGAACCUCUGGAGGUAAUUUGCACUACAUACUCAAGCAUUUUGCGGCGCAAUUCGUUGGUGCUUCGGUACAAACAACUCGUGGGCGUAACGUUGAUGUUCAAGAAUAUACUGUCACGUCGGCUACAGGCGAAAUUCUCUUGAAGGGGGCACGCUAUUAUGGUUUCCGAAACAUUCAAAAUCUAGUCCGGAGACUGAAGCCGGCUAAAAGCUCUCGAUUGCCCGGAGGAAGACCUGGCGGACCCGUAAGGAAGGGAGCAGGUAAAGCUACAGGGCUUGAAUAUGCGUACGUUGAGGUCAUGGCCUGUCCCGGGGGCUGUACGAACGGCGGUGGUCAAAUCAAAGUAGACGAUCCAGUUGUUUCUGGUCGCCAACCUUCUGAGCUGAAGGCUGGACCACAGGAGCAGAAGGCCUGGCUGGCGCAAAUUGAUGAGGCGUACUGGUCUAGCGAGGACAAGAUUGACGACGACGGGGCGUUAGAUAUUCGUCAUGAUAUAGUUGACGGAAUUUCUCCUUCUUACGUUAAAGAUACCCUCGCCCAUUGGGCAGCUACCACAGGAAUAGACCUAAAGAGGCUGGCCUAUACAAGUUAUCGUGAGGUAGUCAGCGAUGUUGGCAAGAAAGUCGGCGAAACCGAGCGAGUGAUAGAGAUUGCAGGGAAAAUUGGCGGAGGUUGGUAG